UACAAGUCUCAUAUUUCAUGUUUCAGGGCCGCCUGUAUCACACUUUUGUGGGAGGUGGGGGGCGCGGUGGUGGGAAAUCUCCCAGUUUGAGAGAAGUCUGGGAGGGGCGUAGGGGGCGGCUCCUUCUGCCCAUUGACAACACAUUCAUUCACAGAGAGCGGCUGUAACCGCUAAUCCCUCCGGCGGUCAUUCCCUCUAUCCUAAUAAGGCUCCCGGCACCUCUCCCAGAGCUCGGUGCGGGGGAUGCUCCUCGCCUGGCCCUGCCGCUACUGAAGGGCCCAGGCGUCCCGGAAGAGCGAAGCGCGGACACCACGGGCCAUGAGUCCUCUGGGGCUGCGAACGUCGCUCUCGCUGCUGCUGCUGCUCCUGGGCAGCUGCCUGCUCGCGGCCGCCCGCAGGGACAAGGACGCGGCUGGCACCGCGGCGGAGCGGGUCCCCGGCCCCGCAGGCGGCUCCUCGGGUCGCUUCAACAGCCCAGAGCAGCACGCGUGCAGCUGGCAGCUGCUGCUGCCCGCCCCAGGGGCCGCCGCGGGCAGCGAGCUGGCGCUGAGCUGCCGGGGCCCGGGCGGGGCGCGCCAGCAGUGCGCCUACCGCGGGGAGCCGCAGCGCUGCGCCGCCUACGCCGCCCGCCGCUCGCACUACUGGAAGCAGGUGCUGGGCGCGCUGCGCAAGAAGCGGCGGCCCUGCCACGACCCCUCGCCGCUCCAGGCCCGCCUGUGCGCCGGCAAGAAGGGCCAGGGCGCCGAGCUGCGCCUGGUGCCGCGCGCGUCCCCGCCCGCACAGCCCACCGCCGCGGGCUUCCCCGGGGAGCCCAAGCCCCGGGCCAGGACCCGGGGGCGGCCCCGCGAGCACGCGGUCGGCCCGGCCCCGAGCGCGCGGCCUAAAGGGAAGCCCAAAGGGGGCAAGAGGAAGGCGGCCUCGCACCCCCACGAGGAGCGGCCCAUGGGGACCGGACCCUACCCCGACGGGCUGGACGAGAACGCGGAGCUCACGGAGACCUACUGCGCCGAGAAGUGGCACUCCCUCUGCAACUUCUUUGUCAAUUUCUGGAACGGCUGAGGCCGCGGGCCUGGGGGGUACGGGGAGGAAGGUGUGGGCAAGGGGUAAUCGGCGCAGCGGGGGAGGGGACGCUAAGGGCAUUUGGGACCAAGGGAAACCAGG